UUGCUCAAAUUGGGGUAAUUAGAGAUUACUGCCUAUCUCCCGGCAUGAUAAGUUUGUUGUUGAAGAUAAAAUAAAGAAGAAAGUCAGCGUUUGACCUUCGCUGACCCCUGCACGCUUUGAUGUAUCGCUCUGCCGACAGGUGGCGGUUUGGAACGUGCAGGUUGGCGUAAUGAGGAGCGACAUGAUCCGCCUAUCAUUGCAAGCAUCAGAUAAAAUACACGGGCAGUAUUGUAUUCUACUACGGACAGGAGGUGAUGUUUAUUUCAUUUCAUGAGAACACGAGCAGUUUUGAAGGAAAACCACAAAAAACUAACCGUGUUUUUUUCCGCUGAGAAAGCAAAUCGGCUUUGAGCUCCGUUUUUUUUCUUUCAUUGAAUUUGGGAGGAAAUUAAGUGGGUUUUACAUAAAGUUUACAAACAUUCAAUAUGACGGAUCGCCGAUCUCAGUAUGAAGGUGUUGAUGAUUCUGAGGUGAUAAAUUUUACUAUACCUAUAGAAGAAUCAGGGGAGAAAAUGCCUCUCACUCCACCAAAAUCCCCGGCCACCCGACGGGCACCCCCACCGCCGAUUAUGCCUGAGAAAAGUUCAGUGUCGGAACCUUCAAAAGCUACAGUAAGACCUGGAUCCGCACCCAUAAAACCAGUGAUGCAGGCCGCCCCUCAAAGUGCCAAAAUAGAUGCAGAGGACCGAGAUCCUACACGCAUGAAUGACAUCGUAAAGGUAGAAUUUGAAGAUAUUUUCGCUGAACCAGUUGGUUCAUACAGUUUUGACGCCAUCUGGAGACUAAGCUUCCGGGUUUUUACGACAACCAAAUUCUGGUGUUACCGAAUAUUGUCGGUUGUCUGCGCCCUUCCUCUGUCAGUCUGUUGGGGGAUAUCCUUCGCUUGUCUGACCUUUGAACACGUCUGGUGCUCCGUACCAAGCAUGAAAAUGUUCAAAAUAAUGAUCCAGCCAUUCGUGUUCAUGUGGGGCACACUCCUCCGCCUUCUGUUCGAACCAUUCUGCUCGUCACUGAGUUUGAUAUUUAGUAACAUUCGCGUGGCUCUGAAAAAAGAGACUUGAGAAAAGACAAGACAAAGAAAACUUUUUACAAAUUAUUGUUGCAUAAGGUUGCACUUAUUUUUAUUCAGGGAUCUGAUUUAUUUUUGUAAAAUAUAAUGUUUUCAGAUUUGCUUGUAAAUAGUGAAAGCGUU